UUGCUAACAAAAAUAUACAUGGCAAGUCCACGUAAAAUGAAAAGUGAGGUUUUCACCUAAUAACAAUAGAAUCUGUGGCCUCAAGCCAAAUGUUGCUCAAAUGACCAAAUGAAAUGGGUCGCAAAGAAACACAUUAUCUGCCUACACUAAAUUGCGACUCAAUGGCUCAGCAAGGCAUCAAAGUGCGCCCUGUGCUGCUGAAGCGGAACAGUCUGGAUUCAGUGGAUUUUAGGAGGCAGCCCCACCAUCGCAGGAGCAAAUCUCAACAAGUCCGCUUCAAAGACGAUGGAACAGACAACCCACCUGUGGCAGAAUCGGAACUGGAGACAGGAGCUGCUCAAGACCCAUGUGAACUGGGUAAAACACAAAUGUCCCUAGCCAGUGGUUCCCCCUGUUUCCCUCCCUCUCACAAAGGAUUACAAAACAUUGCCAUACAGACUUCUCCCAGCCUCAGGAAGCACUUUCCAGUAUUUAAAAAGAAAAAAAUCACAACAAGCAAGUCCUUAACAGAAAUGCCGGAUGAAUCUGAAUAUUCAAUUCAAGUCAAUGGCAAUCUUUCUGAGCAGGACAUAAUCUCUUCCAGUCUCUCUUACCUAAGCAUCACUCAGCAUUUAGAUGAUGGACCAAGAGCAGCCAGUCGGCUGUUUCAGAGGGUGCCUAAAGCACAAAGCAAUGGGCCUGUCCAUUUGGUUUCGGAUAAAAUUACAAUACUGGAAAAGGCAACUGUUUCUACCCAGGCCCCUGAAUACACACACCUGGGUUCUGCACAAGACAAUUUUUCCAUUUAUGGCCCGCACACACAAAUGGACAUCAGCAGCCCAGUUCAUUCUUCUACAGCUGUCAGACAAUCCAAUGAGAACUGUUCAGUGCACAUGGGCUCCGAGAAAUCUCUCCCCUGCAUAAGUAGUAACUGUAAUGAAGGCAGUGCGGAUCAUAGUUCCUAUGAAGAAAAAGACUAUACUGAGCUAUUCGCAUUUAAGGAUGACACUAGCACUAAGGAAACCAUUCUGUCAUCGCCUCAGCUACACCACAGUUCAUUAUACUGCUCCCUCCAAGAACAUCAGCAGCCAAUACAGCAGAAAACAGACUCUGACCAUCAUAAGACAUUGACUAAUGAUAAAGAAACAACAUCAUUCACUAACAGCAAUGCAUCACCUUCUGUUCCCUCAUGCCAAACUGCAACAGAGAACGUUUCUACCAAUACCGAAGUGCCACAGUAUGACAACUGCUUAGAAGGCUUUCACAUAAAUGCCUAUCUUCCAGGGGCUGAAAUAAAACCACACAACAAAGAGAUUAAAGAAAUUAAUCAAAUUCACUUGGCGCACAGCGAGCUGUGUGCCCUGCAAGACAGACUCCAAUCCGUUGAGGAAUCUUUGCAAUCGAACCAGGAGAAGAUUAAAGUCCUUUUGAAUGUAAUUCAAGAUAUGGAAAAGGCCAGAGCCCUCAAUGAAGGGCGGAACUUCUACCGCACUGGCCAAGAUCUCAACAACUGCAGCACUUGCCAGAACACGGCUUGUAUCAUUUACAGUGUAGAAUAUGACUUCAGACAACAGGAAGGCAGGUUUCACCAGGUUCUGAAAACACUAGAUCAAGUAGAAGAAUGCCCUCCUGUAGUGGCUCUACAAAGGCAACCAUCUGAUCAUCCAGUCACUGAGAAACAGGAAACAAGAAGGAAGUCAAAGAAAAAGAAAUGCUUCUGGUGGAUUUGAAAGCCUUAAGAACUGGGUAUGGGUAUGGUCUGGUCCAGCUGUAUGGACUUCAAAUAUGAUUUGAAGGGGGAAAUGGUGCUUGUAAG